AUGUUGAUUGAUAGCGAGAAGAAGCGUCUGAUACUUGGCGAGGUGACGGUCGCGAGAGAGGAAGGAAUUGAUGAGGCUCAUGAAAGAAAGCUACUUCGGUAUGAGGAACUGGUGGCUGAGGUCCUCUUUUCUAUCUUCCGCUCAUUCUUUGUUUCUGUGUACUUUUGUUGCUUUCUUUCUACACUUCUAUCUCAGUUGUUCCUUGUUUGUUUACUUGCUCUUGUUCUUUCUUUCUUUCUUUCUUUCUUUCACUUUCCCUACGUUCUUUCUAUUUAUCUUCUGUCUUCUUCGUUUCUGUGUUUGUUACGCUUUCUACAUUUCUAUUCCUCUCUUACCUUGCUUUUCUUCUCACUCAAAUUCUUUCUUUCUAUCGACUCAGCGAAAUUUAAUUUUUUUGCUCUUUUUCAUCCGGUUUUUUGCUUUAUCUCUCUUCCCCUUUCUCUCCCUCCCUCCCCCUCUCUCUCUCUCUCUCUCUCUCUCUCUCUCUCUCUCUCUCUCUCUUUCUCCUAA